GAGAACACUCGCAAAUCUAAGUAGAAGAGUUACCACGUGGAUGCUACAUAUAUAAAAGCUGACACUUACCAAGUCAGGCAGGGCAUUACCUGCAUGCUUUGAAACCAAAUGCGUACGCACAAAACCAUGGAAAUCAUAAUUUUGGCAUUAUUCCUCAUCCUGGAGGUCACCUUUGGGGCACCGUUGGAAAAUGGGAAACAUAUAUUUCGAGAUCCAAUUGCUCCUGGCUACGUGAAAUUUGGGGACAUGAUUUUACCCGAGAAUUUCACUAUGGACGGAAGAAAUGCAAUUCCCUACGACCAAUUUAGGUGGCCCCUGGGAGAAUUACCCUACGUAAUUGAUCCAUCCGUUUCCAGCUACACAAACUUGAUAAGCCAAGCCUUUCAAGAAUACCACGCAAAAACGUGCAUCCGAUUUGUACCCAAACAAAGUUCUCAAAGGAACUAUAUCAGAAUCUUUGCUGGACAGGGGUGCUACUCUAAUGUUGGGAUGAUAAAUCAAGGGGAACAACCAGUUAGUCUGGGGCAAGGGUGCAUGAUCAAGGGAACUGUGGUUCACGAACUCGGCCACGCGAUUGGGUUCUUUCACGAGCAGAACAGGUCGGACCGAGACGAAAAUUUGGUCAUUUACUGGGCGAAUAUCCAAACAGGGAUGGAGUCUCAGUUUGCUAAGCUCGCACCAAACCCGAAUCUACUUAUCAACCCCUUCGAUUAUAGCAGUGUCAUGCUGUAUGGAGAGACGGCUUUUUCAAUGGAUGGCCGUUCCAACACGAUGCUUUCAAAAGCGGGGAGUAAGUUGUAUGAAGUGUAUGAUAAACCCGCCCUGGUUGAAAUUAUUGGUCGUUUUCUGCAGGAAAUGGUCCACGGCGUGCCUUGCGAUACUCUUCUCGCAUAAAGUCGGAUAGUGACUUCGUGACUUCACGCUUCAGUGCACGUUUCUUCUUGCUCCACAAUUUAGCCUCGGCUCUGGUGCAGUUAUCUGGAGGAUUUUCUACUCCUUCGCUUUUUAGAACACAAUCUAGGAAGUUCGAAAAACAAAGAUGUUUUAGUUAUACUUUGGCAUUCUAUAGUUCCCUAAAAACUCCGUAAAAAUAUAAUAUUAUGAAGAUAAUAAACCUCAGCACUUACUCAU